AUGCCGCCAAGAGGAAAGUCAGAGGGGCUGGUCACGAAUGUUGCCGCACCGGUGUUCUCAUUCCAAGAUGAAAAAUUCAUUGAGCAGUUGCUACAAUACGUUACGGAGCGCGACGAAACAUCACUGGUUGUGUCGACAGCAAAGGCAUUGGGUGCUGAAGACUAUCUGAUUGACCUCAAGCAUCAGAUUAUCCUGGAUUCGAGACUAGAUUUUCUCCGUUUUUGUGUGGAUCAGAAGUACGGGCCCUCUCAAAUUCUACAUCUCAUCAAAUGGAUGGAUUAUUUUCAAGUUAUUGUAGAGAAAGAAUGUGGUAUAGAGCAAAUGCGGAAGGAGUUGAUGAAUUUCGUGUCUUCCGAAAUUGAAGAAGGAUGGAAGUGGCGGCAAGCACCUCCUGCUGAGGGAACUGCGGCAGAGCCACCUCCUCCUGCUAAGACCGUGAGUAAGAAGGGGGCGCGGGCUACCGAUAAGGUGGCUGUUGAGGAAGUGGAGGUUACUGCCUUACUCCCUCGUGAAAAUAUUUACUUGACAAAAGAAGAUGUGGGCCCGUUUUGCACAUAUCUUUUUUCGUGGUAUCAUUCAGCAUGCAUCUUUACAUGUAUAUGUUGCUAG